AUGAAUCUUGAUGAUUUUCUUUCAUGGUUUAAUUCAACUGGUGUGAAUACUGAAAAUGUAAAUGUUUCUUAUUCGAUAACUAGUGGUUUUGGUCUUUAUUCUCGUCGAGAAUUGAUUGAAAAAGAUUUUCUUAUUCUUUCAUUACCUGAACAUUUGUUUAUAAAACCAUCAUUUAAUACAAAUGAUUUAACUGGUUUUGAACAUUUAAUUAUUUAUUUAUUAGAAGAAAAAACUAAUCCAUAUAUUAAAUUUCUUCGAUCUAUUCAAUGUAUUCCACAAUGGAGAUAUUAUCCAAAUGAUAAAUAUCCUCAACAAUUAAUUGAUAAAAUGAAAAAACAUCUUAAUAAAUAUAAUCAAUCACGAAAUAAAAUUUUACAAUAUAAUGAUGAUGAAUUUCAAUGGGCAUAUUAUUCAAUAAAUACAAGAUGUGUUCAUUUUAAUAUGGAAAAUGAUUCAAAAGAUCAAGAUGAUAAUCUUUGUCUUAUUCCAUAUUUAGAUUUUGUUAAUCAUUCAAUUGAACCCAAUACAAUUUCAAAAUUUAAUUCUUUAACACGUUCAUAUGAAAUUUAUUCAAUAAAAACAAUUGAUUUCAAUGAACAAAUAACAUUUCUUUACAAUCCUCAUUCAAAUGUAGAUUUAUUUAUUGAAUAUGGUUUUAUUCUUUCAUUAAAUCCUUAUAAUCAAUUCAAUAUUGAAUAUAAUCUUGAACAAUUUCUUUCAAAUGAACAAAUUCAAAUAAUAAAAUCAUAUAAUUAUUGGAAUUUAUUAGAAUUUUAUUCGGGUGAUAAUGAUCUUUCAUGGACAAUAAUUAAAGCAAUUGAAUUAAAUAUUAAUCAAUCUCAAUGGUCACCCUAUGAUGAUCCAUCAUCCAAAGAUAAAUAUCAAUUAAAAAAUAAAAUGAAAGAAUUUUUAAAUUUAAUACAACAAAAUAUUGAAAAAGAUUUUCAAGAAUGGAUAACAGAUCAUUUUAUUGUUGAAAAAAAUAUUCUAUAUAAGGAUUUUUUAACUACUCUUCAUGAUACAUCUAUUGUUAUUGAUAAAUCUAUUAUUACUACUUACAUCUAUUUCUAUCAAUUCAUUACUUCUCAGAUCAAAUGA